AUGUCGAUUGCAUUUAGCAGCAUAGAGCCACUGCUGAUCAUGUCAGUGAAAUUUCAGAAGACUGUUAAACCAAAGAGAAACAAAAUGAUUAUUGAAAAAAGACUAAGAAUCAGGGAUAUCAGAGCAUCUUCUCACUACAGCUCAGCUAAACUCACAUCUCCUGUCAACGUGUCCUACAACUGCUGCUCUGGAAAAUUCUCCUCCUGCUCCCUUGGGGGCUACCUGCGCUACCCAGGCUCCUCCUGUGGCUCUUCCUACCCCAGCAACCUGGUCUACGGCACUGACUUCUGCUCUCUCAGUAACUGCCAGCUGGGCUCCUCUCUCUGCAGUGGCUGUCAGAGGACAUGGUGGGAGCCCACCAGAUAUCAGGCACCCUGUGUGGUGUCCAGCCCCUGCCAGAAGUCCUGCUACCACUCGAGGAUCUCCACACUCUGGAGUCCCUGCCAGUCAACUUAUGCUGGGUUUCUGGGCUCUGGGUCCAGCAGCUGCUGCUCCCUGGCAUAUGGAUCUAGAAGUUGCUAUUCAGGGGGCUGUGGAUCCAGUGGCUUUAGCCCUCCGAGUUUUGGAGUGUGUGGCUUCCCUUCCCUGCCCUAUGGAUCCAGAUUCUGCCACCCAACCUACUUGCCUUCUAGGAGCUGCCAAACUUCUUGUUACCAACGAACCUGUAGAUCUAGCUUCUACUACUGAUCAACCUGUUAAGAGUUCUAGACUGUGACUCCACAGUUAUCUCCCUCAAAGUCAAUCUUAGCUAUUAUCUGGCUAGAGUCUAUACUCUACUACCUAGAAGAGUGACAAUUAAAGAAAAAUUUUAUUAAUAUUAAAACCAUUUAUCUCAUAGAGACCCAUUCUGUUUUCUUCUAUUUUCUUUCUUACUUCUCAAGUUAAAAAUGGAGCAAGAGGUACUUUUCCCUUUCAAAUAAAUUCAUUUAACCUGAUAUCA